GCACACAAGUUCAUUUGGCGCCAAAGUAACAAAUAUUUAUUAAGAGCAACAAGUUGUGCGGUUAAUAUUAUUAUUGCAAAUUAAAAGCCAUGGAUGAAUUGGCGCAGUUGCGCAAACGCAUUACAACUUCAUUCAAGUUGUGCGGUUUUCUUAUACGUUCCGAGAACAGUAAUUUCCUGGCGGAGCAGCUGCUUCCCUUUGAGCCCGCCGAGCGCGAGAAAUGGAUGACGGUCAUCACAGAGAAUCUACAGGGACAAAAACUAUCAACGCCCCACGUCGAACGGGAAUCACUAGAAAAAGCCAUUAACGAGUUAAAUCGCGUUGGCCUGGACGAAGGUGAAACUGUAUUUUCGGUCAUCGAUGCCUUCACUGUGCCUCGCUAUCGCUACAAUACGCGCAUCAAGAAAUUUGAGCGGGAUACGCAACCAAGACGCCUGCUCACCCAGCCGCGCAUGAAAUCGGAUUAUCUGCAGCAGCGCUAUGCCAUGUUGUUACAAAAAACCCUGCGACACGAUCUCUUUGCACCAGCUGUCAUCCAGGAUGGAGUUGCAGCUGAAGCACAGACGAAGAAAUUCAAAUUGCAGUAUGCUGAGAAUUUGUUGGCCACCUCGAAUAUGAAGGAAGCAGUGGUGCUGGGCUUGCUUACCCAGCUUAAGGAGGGCAAAUUCUAUGUGGAGGAUCCCACAGGCAGCGUGCAGCUCGAUCUGAGUGGCGCUCGCUUCCAUGCUGGAUUCUUUUGCGAGGGCUGCUUUGUGCUUGCCGAGGGCAGCUAUGCGAAUGGUGUGCUCAAGGUUGAUGGUCUAGGCUUCCCACCCGCUGAGGUGGCGAGCAGCAGUCGCGCCUUCUUUGGAACUGGAAACACUUGGGGCGGAGAAUCCGCGAAGCUGCUGAAAUACUCACCGCGUCUGCAGGAAUUGGAGCGAACAAAUACAGAGACUACACUCGUAUUUCUCUCCGAUGUGCGUCUUGAUUUACCUGUAGUGAUGGAGAAACUGCGUCAACUCUUUGUGGGCUACGAUUCGUGUCCACCUCAGGCUAUUGUGCUUAUGGGUCCGUUUACCGCGAGCACACGCAAUCAUCACGAGCUGCGUCAUCACUUGGAUGCGCUGGGCGCCUUGGCCGCUGGCUGUGAGCAGCUGAAAAAGCAAACGGAUCUCAUACUGGUGCCUUCUACUGAGGAUCCUACGGCACCCAACAUAUUUCCACGUGCUCCACUACCAGAAUGCUUGGCCGCUGGUCUGCUCAAGGUCUGGCCACGCACCCAGUUGGCCACGAAUCCCUGCCGGCUGCAGUAUUGCACCCAACAAAUUGUGGUGUGUCGUCUGGAUUUGAUGGCCAAGUUUUGCCGCAACACGUUGCAUUUCCCUCCAGACACCGAGCACAUUGAACAGCAUUUUGCACGCACGCUUGUCUGUCAGAAUCAUCUGGUGCCCAUACAUCCCAUUGCGAUGCCCGUGCACUGGGAUUACGAUCCAGCAUUGUGGCUUUACCCCUUGCCCGAUCUCAUUGUCAUGGGCGAUUCGUGUCAAAGUUUUGCCAGCACUCAACAUGGCUGCACGGUGUUGAACACCGGCUCCUUUGUCAAGUCGAAGUUUGCGUUCAAGGUUUACAUACCGGCGACACGCAGCAUCGAGGACUCGGAGAUACCCGGCGACAUGGAGUUGGCCUAGAAAAACGCUUCGUGUUGCCAUCUAAUAUAAUAUUAAGUUGUACUCUACUCUACCCUAUUUUGUGCUCGUUGGUAAGUUGAAUAUACUUUGUAUACUUCUUGUAUCUAUUUAAGUUGCGAGAGAGUUUCACAUGUUGCGUGUUGCCCACCCAAGCAACUCCCAGGCGUGUUUGCCAGUUGAUAAGCGACAUCCACAACGUCGUCGUCAUAUGCGGCACAGCAUGUGUUCCACAAUCGGUUAUUUUUUUUUAUUUCUUGGCUGCUGACGCGCCUCGCAAUCUGCUUUUUACUACGCUCGUCUCGUCUCUCGACGUUUGAGUCCGUGUUUGGGGGUUGUCUAUUAUUUUUCAUGACUUAAAGCCGAUUUGCAAAAGAAGAAUAUUGUUGCCAGCAGCAGUCGACACUUAGCGUGCCGGUGGAAAUUCAAUUUCCCAGCUACACACACACACACUUUCACACACUCAGUGAUAUAAAGAGCUGGCAGCUGAAACGGCAAUUUUGUUAAUGCGUUUGACCUGAGGACAUCAAUUGCCCUCGUUUUGUGACAUUGCUCGAACGGAAAAAUCGUUUUUUUAAGACAUCAUUAGCUGCUGCUUGGCCAGCAAGAAGGACACUAGGGAUGUCCUGGCUACUAUUGAUUUAUGAUUUAUUGCCAAAAUAUACUAUGAUAGUGUCCACAUAGUAUAAAACACAUAUAUAUAUAUUUUUCUCCUUCUCUUUGUGUAUCAAUUUCCAAAUUCGAUUGCCAGGGCGUUGCAGCUGAGUGGGCGUGUCCACUCCCCAAAAAUAUACUACUCUAGUUUGUGCUGUCGUUUGUUUUUCAUUCUCUUUUCCGUUCGCCCUUUGGGGCAAGUGAGAUGGGACAAGGGAUGUGGCGACAAUCUUGCUUCUGCUUCAUUUAACUGGUACACUUGGAACUUUUGAAAAAUUUAAAUAUUGUUUGCGGCUGCUGCCACUGAAAUUGGCGAAGUGGAGCAAUAACAUAAAAUAUAUUUUUAUCUCUGCUGGUCAUUAUUUUUUAUGCUCACCCGCAGU